AGUCUUACUUCAGACUGUAAGAAUCACCACAUCCACACUCUGGUGGACUAAAGGGGCAAACAGUUCUAGUUCAUGGACCAUUCACUGAAAAUGCUUUGUUGCAAGCUUCCUGCUAUUUGAAUCAUGGGGCUGUUAGUUUGCAUACCUUAGUCUUAGCCCUACCCACUUCUCUGCACAAGCUACCAGCCUGCAGCUGCUAUGAGAUAAAGUGCAUGUUAAUACUUGAAAAAGUUGUCAGAUCUGCUUUUGAGCGCACACAGAAUACCUUGGAGUGGUGUGGUGCUCUUAUGUAUACUGCUCCUACUCACUCUCCCCUUCAGAUGUUUUGCUGAAGCACCAUAAAACCCUUUGGGAAAAAUAGUGGUGCUGACCCUUUUGCAUAGCAAUAUCCUGCUGUCAAGGUGGGAGUGCUGAUGUAGAGAAGUAAAUGUACAUUGGAGCCCUUAAAACUCCAGCUCCUGAAAAACAGCAAAGUAAAAUGUUGGUCAAGAAGAAGCAAAAAUUGGACCUUCCCCAGAAACUUCAGCUUUUGGCCACUCAUGAUUCAGGAGGACCGUCAGAUCGCUCAGAGGAUGUGAUGGAGCUCCUAGAGGAAGAUCUGACCUGUCCCAUUUGCUGUAGCUUGUUUGAUGAUCCUCGGGUUCUGCCCUGUUCACACAACUUCUGCAAGAAGUGUUUGGAAGGGAUAUUGGAGGGGAACGUCCGGAAUGUGCUUUGGAGACCAUCCCCUUUCAAGUGCCCUACCUGUCGGAAGGAGACAUCUGUCACAGGAGUCAACAGUUUGCAAGUCAACUAUUCCCUAAAAGGCAUUGUGGAGAAGUAUAACAAAAUCAAGGUAACUCCUAAAAUGCCUGUAUGCAAGGUGCACAGUGGGCAACCCCUCAACAUUUUUUGCCGGACAGACAUGCAGCUGAUUUGUGGGGUCUGUGCUACUCGAGGUGAUCACAUAAAGCAUGUGUUUUGCUCUAUUGAAGAAGCCUAUUCUCAGGAGAAGCGUGCAUUUGAAACCCUGUUUCAGGGCUUUGAAACAUGGCGUUGUGGAGAUGCACUUUCCCGGCUGGACACUUUAGAAACAAGCAAGAGGAAAGCUCUGCAAAUGCUGACAAGGGAUUCGGACAGAGUGAAAGAGUUUUUUGAGAAGCUGCAGCACACGCUGGAGCAGAAAAGAAAUGAGAUUCUGUCUGAUUUUGAGACCAUGAAGCUUGCUGUGAUGCAGGCCUACGACCCAGAAAUCAAUAAACUGAACACCAUUCUGCAAGAACAACGAAUGGUUUUUAACAUUGCAGAGGCCUUUAAGGAUGUAUCUGAACCUAUUAUAUUUUUGCAGCAGAUGCAGGAGUUUAGGGAGAAAAUUAAAAUGAUUAAAGAAACCCCUCUGCCUUGUUCUAAUGUACACAUCAGCCAUACCAUGAAGGCCUUUGAUACCAGCCAGUGGAAUGGUGUGAAACUAGAAGAUGUGGACAAACUUUCUUUGCCUCAGGAAAACAGCAUGCUUAAUUUCAAGAUUCAUUCUGUGUUUUCACGUAAACUUAUAGUAUCUUUCCUGAUUUUCUUGCUUAUCAUAGCAGUCAUCAGAAUGCCCUUUUUGGAGUCUGUUGUUGACAACAUCCAGUGCUGGAAGACUCGACUCUUUACAAUUGGCUCAUCCUAUUUGGCAGAUACUGUGGAUAUAGCAGACCAUGCAGUCUUUUACUGGGAACAAAUGACAGAUGGAGCUUCACUCCUAAGAGAAAAGUGUAAAAGUUAUACACUAGUAGUGCUGGAUAAUGUUGCACAAUUUGUGUGCAAAUAUAAACUAUUAUAAAGUCCACUGCCAAAGUCCAACAUUCACAUUCCUAAGAAGUAACAACUCUGGUGCAAAAAAAUUAAUUGUGUAUAAUUACAUUUUUUUAAAGCCCUAACUGCUGAUGGAAACAUUUGAGAUUUUGAAAUAUGUGUCUGAAGAGACUAAUACUGUUCCUGUGGUUUGAGCACAGAUAGGCUGGAAAGGGAACCUGAACUUUGAGAAAAAACACUGGUUCUGAGCACUUAUUUCAAAGACGCUUUUAGAAAUAACACACUUCAACACUAAUUAAUGUACUGUCUUUCUCCUACCAAAACUAGGACCAAAUUAACAGUGUAUAUUGUCUAAUCUGCUAAUAGUUCUGUAGAAUACAAAUUCAUAUGGCUUGUGGUAAAAGUUACUCCUCUCUAAAAUGAAUUUUUGGGUGAGGGAAAAUUCUUUGAAACUAGGAAGGAUGCCUCUGAUUUGAAAGAGUAGCAGUCUGUAAGUUUUGUGCAAGACUGACUACUUAUUGCAAAACACUGAGUUCAUUAAUGAACACUUGGGACAUCUUCAGUUAGAAGAGGUUAAAUGUUGCUGAAGCAUAGACUGACUGCUUAGGCAGUCACUGAAAUUAUCCUGUGUUCUCAAAAUAUAAAGAGUAAUCAAAGUAUUGGAAAUUGCUCAUAGCUUUUAUGUAGAAAAUGUUUUCAGAUCAGGAAUCUUGAACAAAUAGCAGUAACAAAAAGAACUUAAUGGAGAUGCGUGGAGGAAAAUGAGCUGUGAGCUGGUAAUCUCUGCUCUGCAGUGAAACUUACUUUUUCAGUUGCAUGGUCCUGUCUAGAUACUUGACUUCUCUGACAGGCAUAAAGCUGCAUUAUUUUCUCUUUGUUAGAGCUCUGUUUUAAAAUCUUCAAAUAGCCCUAAUGGAAUGCCGUCAUGGGUGUGAUGCCUGCUUGCUAAAUACAGUCUAGUGUCACCUCCCUUUCAAUUAUCUUCGCUACCACAGAGAGGAGGAAAGGACAGCUGGAGCUUGCGUUAAAGAUUGGAGCUUCCAUUCUGAUCUCAACCAUCAGAAAGUGAGUCUCUCUGAAACACAAUCUUCCCAGCAGUGCUAGGGUUAUGGACAGGGGAGCUACUCUUCCCUGUCUCCCCACAUUUGCUUUUCAUAACUCCAUGAGCUGGAGAGCGGGGAGGUUCCUUGGAACUUAUAUGAUGACAUGGACAAUGUUGGUCUUGGUGCUCAGAAACUUCUUACUUUCAGAGUAGACCAUACUCCCCCUUAUCACUUCAUUAGCUUCCAUGUAGCUUAUAUCAGGGAUGAAUGGAGUCCAGUGAGUUUUCAUGCCUUAACUCCUAAGAUAACUCUAUAUGUAAUUAAAUGGUACAUUUUGCAUACAGAGAUACAGUAUAUUCCA